UCCCUCAAUUUCACUGAUUAUUCAUAAUUUAUUACUCAUUCAGUUAAAACUAAUCUUCCGUCCUCCUGGUUGCGCUUUCCUUGGCCUCCGUAGGAAAUCAAAAUGGCGGCGUGGAUCUCGUCCCCUUUCGCCGCCGUCGCUCGCACAGCCAUCAAAACCCUAUGCUUCCUCUUCAACGUCCUCCACCUCCCUAGCCGGAGCUGGAGCUCUUCCCGCGACGAGUUCAACUCCGCUGACGCUAGCGAUGCCGUUGCCGUUUCCAUCACCGAAGAUCCUGAAACCGGCAUCCUUCCAUUUGGCGAAUCUCUUCUCUAUAGACUCUCCCAGUACAUCCCCCAACAUCGCCACAACCUUUAUCCUCGUGAUUCCGAUGACCGGCCUCGCCGCUGCGACCGCUAUAACGCGCUCAUGAAGACGUUCGAUCGGUUCGGCAACGCCGACGAGGCUCUCCGUCUCCUGCGCGAGAUAAAAACCCCCAACGUUAUCUGCUACACUACUGCCAUGGACGCCCUCGUCCGUGCCGGACGCUGCGAAGAAGCCGAGUCCGUCUUCAGCGAAAUGAUAUCAUUGGGGAUCGCUCCCGAUUCCGUCGCCUACUCCAUCCUCGUUAAGAUGUACUGUUUCCAUCACAAACGCUUCGUUUCUGCCCGCAAUAUUAUUCAGUUAAUGGUGGAUCGAGGCUGCGAACGGGAUGUUGUGACGUAUUCGACCGUAAUCGCGGGACUCUGCCGUGCCGGUAAAGUGGAUGAUGCUUUCUCUGUUUUGAAUUUAAUGCUGAAGGAUAAUUGCAUGCUCAAUGCUCACACCUACACCCCCAUCAUUCAGGCUUACUGCGCUUUAGGGAAGAUCGAUUUGGCCAUGGAGCUAAUGGAAAAGAUGAGGAGCUUGGGGUGCCCUCCCGACGUUGUGAGUUAUAACGUACUUAUCCAUGCGUUCUGUAAUAAAGGGGAUUUUGCGGAGGUCGAGAGAAUUCUUAGAGAGAGUUCCAAUAAUGGGUGGGAACCAGACUCUGUUUCAUACAAUACUUACAUCAGCGGGCUAUGCAAUAUGGGGAUGACUGAUGAGGCAUUAAAGCAGCUGGAUUUUAUGCUGGAGAAGGCAUUGCAGCCAACUGAAGUUACUUUAAAUAUAAUGCUAGGCAUGUUGUGUCGUGAUUCGAAGAUUACGGAGAUUAUAUUCCUUUUGGCGAGAAGCUUCGAGCUCGGGCUUGAUGUUGGUGCUGCUAGCUAUAACAUCGCCAUGACUAGGCUAUGUGAGAUCGGAGAAUUUUCAGCUGUUUUGAAGCUCUUAUCCGAUAUGCUCAAGAAGGGAAUUAGACCUGACGUGCAGACCUUCAACAUUGUUAUUAUGAGCCUUUGUAGGGCUGGAAAGCUUCACAAGGCUAAGCAUAUUUUUAAAAGCAAGGGGUUUACUCCAGAUAUUGUGACCUGUAAUAUCCUAUUACAUGAGUUUUGUUUGGCGGGGGAGUUUGCAGAAUUUCAUCAGCUGGUUGCUGAGCUGGGUUCUGGACAGGUUUCCCCCGACGCAAUCACCUACAAUAUAAUUGUGGACGGUCUUUGUUGGGAUGGUAAGUUUUCAAAGGCUAUCGAGUUUGUUAGGUCCAUUGAUUUGGAAUUCAAAUCUGAUCAUGUUGCACAUCUGGCAUUUGGGUUAGUUAAGGGUGGAAGGGUUGGAGAUUUGUUAAGGUUACUUGGAGAAAUGAUUGAGAAGGGUUUACUGCUAGAUGUUCGCUUGUUUGAAUUUAUGAUUCAAGCAUUCUGUAAGAAGGGUUCUUGUGAGAGCAUAGAGAUAUACAAAAUCUGUCUUAUUCUGGACAAAAUGCUUCGAAGGGAAUAGUACUCGGUGAGAUUUACAUAUUCGACAGUUUGCAUUCCUAAUCAGAGUAAUUUUUGAAUGCGUGCUUGUUUCAGGUAGUUUUCACUUGUCCGAUGUAAAUUGCAGGCUUUUGACAUUGAAAUCAAGCACAUGCAAAACCUGUAACUUUCUUCUAUUCUUUUAGUCGAACUUGUAUAAAUUUGAACAAAAUUUCUAUGGCAUAGAUAUGUGUACACCCGACACUUUUCAUAGUCAAUUUAUUGAAUUCUUUC